CAGACUCUUCUCUUCCAACUUGAUCACAGGAUUUUGGGGCUUUAUGUUGUUCAUUAUUCGGAGAAACUCUGCCUGGUAAGAUCUCGACUAAAGUUCAAUGACUUUUUCAAUUGGGUUCUACUGAUUAUUAGCAUUUAGAACGAAUUGGGGUGGUUUUGUUUGGUUUGAUAGUUCAGGAUGAAGAUAUCAUGCUUUCCAAAGUAUAGAAUAGGGAGACUACUGGGCAUGAUUCAGAUUCUUCUUGGUGGGCUGGUUAUAAUCGUAAGCAUUUCGAGCUUAUUUAGGUUCUAUUCAGCUGGAUUCUUCAUGCAUAAUGAAGACAUCUGCAAACAGUUUUAUGGGGUCAAAGAUGUUUAUGAAGGGUUUGAUGUCAUGUCUCUUUCUGCUCGUGUAGAUGAAGUGCUAGAUAAAAUGCUCAAGUUACAGGAAAACCUCGAAUCGAAGGUGCAACAGAUGGAAAAGAUUAAGGAUUUGGUUAACAACACUGUUUCAAUGUUGGAUUACAAGAAAUUCAUAGAAGAAGAUGUCAUUCAUCCUCUUUAUGGUGCUCAUAUCGCUCUUCGGCAGCUACGGUUGCCUAGGGUCGAAAAUGGGACGACGAAUGAGGACCCUUUGAUCAAUACUUUCGUUACCGAAGAGAUAAGAAAGUAUAUAACCCCGAAGGAAACUCGUGUUGGGAACAAGAACAUAUAUGGUAGCCAGAAGAUCUUUAACACGAUAGGGCACGGGUGUGUGUCGAUGAAGAAGGAACUCGAAGAAUAUAUGGAUUACGACAUAGGAUCUUUCUGUAAAGACGAUUGGAACGUUGCUCAGAAUCUUAUGAUCAACGGUUGUGAUCCUUUGCCGCGAAGAAGAUGUCUCACACGGGCUUCCAAACUCUACCAGAAGCCGUAUCCAAUCAACGAAUCUUUGUGGCGGAUCCCAGAUGGGCGAAAUGUUAGAUGGAGCAACUACAGGUGUCGAAACUUCGAGUGUCUAUCGAUCAAGAAUCCGAAACGGGGUUACUCUAAAUGCACCGGUUGUUUUGAGAUGGAGAAAGAAAAGCUCAAAUGGGUGACCAACACUUCGCUUUUAACCGAUUUCUUGAUCAAAGACGCAUUAGCCGUUAAGCCCGGGGAGAUCCGAAUCGGGCUCGAUUUCGGUAUCGGAACCGGAACGUUUGCUGCCCGUAUGCAAGAGCAUAACGUCACAAUUGUUUCAACGGCUUUGAAUCUUGGAGCACCGUUCAACGAAAUGAUUGCUCUUAGAGGUUUGAUUCCUCUGUAUAUAACAUUGAACCAACGUUUGCCAUUCUUCGAUAAUACCAUGGAUCUGAUCCAUACAACCGGAUUCAUGGACGGGUGGAUCGAUCUACAACUGAUGGAUUUCAUUUUGUUCGAUUGGGACCGGAUCUUGAGGCCGGGAGGGUUAUUGUGGAUCGAUAGAUUCUUUUGCAACCGGAAGGAUUUGGAUGAUUAUAUGUACAUGUUUCUGCAGUUUAGGUACAAGAAACACAAAUGGGCAAUUUCUCCUAAAUCCAAAGAUGAAGUUUUCUUGUCGGCUUUGCUAGAGAAACCUCCGAGAUCGUUAUAAACCUCGUAUUCAUUCACCGUAUCUGUUUUAGCAUCAAAUUGUUAUUAGCAUUUUAUACACAUUUCCAAUACGAAUCCCAUUUGUAGCUUGUGUGUAUGAAAUUGCGACGGUUCCUAAUCCGGUUAACUUCAUCAAUCAAAAUUGUUUUAGUUUACAACAGGAAGUGCAUUAUAACCCACUCUAAAGGGUAGUUAUAUCGGUUUGACCUUUCAAAGGUUACCGGUUCAAGUUCACUCAAGUCCAUUGGAGGGUUUGUUUGGCGGAUCUCAUUAGAUUAGUCAAGAUACGUGCAAGUUGAUCCGAACACUCACGUUUAACAUAAAAAAAA